AUGUCUAAGCUUCCAGAAGAUGUAAUCAUCAAUAUACUUUUGAGGUUACCGGUGAAGUCAAUAUUACGAUUCAGGUGCGUAUGCAAGCGAUGGCUUAAGUUAUUUAGUGAUCAUACUUUUAUUAAACUGCACUUCGAUAUUGCUACUGAAAAUGAAAAUUUAAGACUUAUGGUUAGUGGGGAAAACAUGUAUUCUAUAAAUUUCGAUUCAGUAUUUCAUAAGGUUGUGAAAAUCGAUUAUCCGUUCAAAUCAAGAAAUUGGGGGAUGUCUGUAGUGGGUUCUUGCAAUGGGUUGCUCUGUAUAGCCAAUAUUGCACAGACCAUUUGCAUUUGGAACCCAUCAACAAAAAUGCACAAAGAAAUACCAUCAUUACCUACUCAAUUUCUGCCCUAUUAUCGUGACAUUCGUGGAAUCAAACUUGGGUUUGGCUACGAUUCUCAUGAUGAGGAGUACAAAUUUGUAAGAAUUUUGGAUAUUGGUGUUAAAGGUUCUAUAGCCGAGGUCUACGCAGAGGGUUCAAAUACAUGGAAACAGGAUCAGCUCAUACCUUACAGCUUUACUUAUGGAAAUGCAUUUGGGGUUCUUAUGAAUGAAACACUUCACUGGAUAGCAUAUCAUUGUUCUGGAUCAGAAACUCGGAGACUUAUACUCUCAUUCAGUAUUAGUGAUGAAUCAUAUGGGGAGCUGCCACUGCCCGAAAAUGUGAAUGAUGAUCUGUUCCGCAUUACGGUUGGUGCAUUGGAGGCGGACCUUUGCAUAAUUGAUUAUUGUGUUUGUAUGUUAAGUGUUGACGUAUGGGUAAUGAAGGAUUAUGGAGUAAACGGUUCUUGGAGUAAAUUACAUACGAUUCCCUUACAAGCAGCUACGCCAUCUAUGGUUGGCUUGAAGCUUUUGCAUUCCUUUAAUAAUGGCGAAAUUUUACUCAAGAGGGAUAAGAAUACCUUACUUUUAUAUCAUCCACAGUACAAUGAGACAAAAAUUGUGAAGAUCCGUGGCGUUCCUGAUGGACUAUAUGAUAUAAUGACUUUCGUAGGGAGCCUAUUUUCAGUUAACUCGGGCAAUUGUUUGGUGCAAGAUCGAAUUGAAAUUGUUGCUGCUGAACCAAGAAAGAAGCCGAAAAACUUCAUAAAAGGGUUGAUGUCCAUCUUCAAGUGUUUCAGUGGGUGA